AUGGCUGGGCCAUCGCCAUCACGCAAACGCACUGCCUCUGAUGCAAAGGAACCGACACUUCGUGUCAAACGACUCCGCGACACGGGAGAAACUGAAGACAUUAUACACAAUAAACCAAAGCACGAUCUCAACAACUACUCGGUGAUGGUGCAGCGAAAGGCUCGAAGGCUGGUUCGCGAAAUCCUCGCAUCCGUGUACUAUGAUAUCAACACCGUCUGCGUCAUGCGCACCAACGCCAAACUGAAUCCAAAUUUUGAAAAUAUUGCCUAUUACAGGAUACAGUUCCGAGAAAGCACCGCACUCUUGGAUAGAGUUGUCAGUUACAAUUUUGAACCCACACCCCACGCGGACCCGCGAGGGACGCUCAGACGGCUAGAUGGGUUCGUCAAGCUCUUUGGUUGGAAGAUGCUCUCCAUCUGUAUGCUUUCUGAGGGGUUCCGGAGGGCCUGUCGGGAGAUCAGCCAUCCGGCCCUUUGGAAGGAGCUGAUGAAGAUGUUCAGCGACAACAAAGUGAGUCUCGAGGUCUUUGCUCGGUCUCGCAAUCUAGACUGGCGUGGCCAAUUACUCAAAUAUGCGGGACUGGGCAUCCCAGCUCUUGAGAAGGAACUCAGGCCAGCGCGCAGCAUGUGGCAGCAACAUCCGCAUCACGUCGUCCAAUCCGUCGAGAACAAGGUCAAAAGACCCGUGUUCGAAAACAACCUCCAAAUCCACAUCGACCGAUGCAUCAUGAAUCCAGACGAAUGGGCCGGCGAAACCAAAGACCCAACCCUACGCACAAUGUACGACGGCCGCUGCGACCUAUGCCUCUCUGCAGAAAUCUGCGAUUGCAAGCUCGAUCCCUCGGUGGGAACCCUCGUCGAGCUCGUCGAGCGCCCCGGAACAGGAACCGGCGUGCGCGCCCUGACAAACUUCAAAAAGGGCGACAUACUAGGCCAGUUUGUAGGAGAGCUCCUCCCGCCUAAUUUUUCAGGAGAUCCAAUCUAUGCGCUGGCGCAUGUUUCCAAAAAGGACUCGGGUGACUGCAUCGCGACAGUGUCGCCGCGGUAUUAUGGAAAUUGGACGAGAUACCUCGCGCAUUCGUGCAAUGCGGCGACAGAGUUCCGCGCGCGAACAAUUGGCGACCGCACGAUUAUGACUGUCGAGGCCGCUCGGGAUAUUUCCGCGUUCGAGGACAUCACGGUCGAUUAUGGGGAAGGAUACUGGCUUGACAAGAAGUGCAUGUGUGGGGAGCGGAGCUGUGUCAGUAAGCCGCGGUGGACGUUUGGCGGGAAUUUCUAG